UCCUAGUAGUCAGUCAACGGUAGGCGUGCUGUACAUUGGUACUAUUGGCAACCUGGUCAUUUAAAGGAGAGCCAUCGAGAGAAGGAAGGGUGUGUGCUGUUUUACUUAUGAUACAAAGUAAUAGUAAGCAGUUAGGUACAAUCUUGCUGCAUAUUACGAAGCAGAAAUGAAUUCGUGAGAGUUUUGCUUAUGCAGUUUGUUAGCCAACUAGCAUGCUCGAAGACCAGUGUGCCUGAUAUUAAUCAACUUAAUCAACAGUGUAGUUGACUUUGGUUCAAUGUCAGAUUUUUAGUGACCGCUAGCUAGAUGAGUUGAUCGCUAAGGUGAUCCUGGCGCUCAACGGUUAAGCGCGAGAGCAAAGGGCUGACGAAGUAACACUAUAGCUGCCGUUUUUAUUUGGAACAUUGGCAGUUGCAGAAUAAGACGCCGGCGAAAUAAUUUAAAAGACCGAGUUACUUAGGUUAGCUAGUUAACUAGGUAGCUAGUUAGGGUAACUAGAAUACCACGACUGUCUGGAGUGUCUUGUGGGAAUGUUUUGUCAAGUUUGGUAACAUCUUCGGUUAGUCGUGGCGACUCGUAAGCCUGACAGGUUUAUCUGUAGCGACCCUAACUUACAUUCAUCAUACGAAUUCAUCGUGGUCGCGGCUUCGCGUGUCUUCAGAUCGCCGUUGCCGGGUGGUGUUGUUAACACGGAGAAUAAUAUUUUCACUGACGCCGUCCUCAUAUUAGAAGUGACCAUUUCGCAAGGAUAUGGCAAAAGCUGAGUCGAGGCGAAGCGGCAUGUUGCUCGUUACAGGCAAAUCUGCCAUGGAUGAGCAGGUCACUAACGGGUCAGCCGACCUGUGCGUUACUGGAUCCUCCCACGACGCAGCUAGCAAAGCCAAGUCUGCUAAAUUGGCCACACGUGAGAGUAUGUCUCGACUGACCACAGAAAGCGAGGUGUUUGACGAUGGAACCAACACUUUUUUUUGGAGAGCACACACCCUCACUGUGUUGUUCAUACUGACAUGUGCUUUGGUUUAUGUGACACUACUGGAGGAAACGCCGCAAGAUACAGCUUACAACACUAAGAGAGGGAUCGUGGCCAGUAUUCUGGUGUUCCUCUGCUUUGGAGUAACGCAAGCCAAAGACGGUCCUUUCUCACGACCACAUCCAGCAUACUGGCGCUUUUGGCUCUGUGUCAGUGUUGUCUAUGAGCUCUUCCUCAUCUUCAUCCUUUUCCAAACUGUGCAGGAUGGGCGAUUGUUUAUGAAGUACAUUGACCCAAAGCUGGGUGUCCCUCUGCCAGAGAGGGACUAUGGAGGAAACUGUCUCAUCUAUGAUCCUGGAAACACUACUGACCCCUUCCACAACAUCUGGGACAAGAUGGAUGGCUUUGUUCCUGCCCAUUUCCUUGGCUGGUAUAUUAAGACACUGAUGAUCAGAGACUGGUGGAUGUGUAUGAUCAUCAGUGUGAUGUUUGAGUUUUUGGAGUACAGUCUGGAGCACCAGCUGCCUAACUUCUCUGAGUGCUGGUGGGACCAUUGGAUUAUGGAUGUGCUGGUGUGUAAUGGUUUGGGCAUAUAUUGUGGCAUGAAGACACUCGGCUGGCUUUCUAUGAAGCCAUACCAGUGGCAGGGCCUUUGGAACAUUCCCACAUACAAGGGAAAGAUAAAGCGCAUUGCAUUCCAGUUUACCCCUUACAGUUGGGUGAAGUUUGAGUGGCGGCCUGCCUCUAACCUUCGCCGGUGGCUGGCAGUGCUGGGCAUCAUCUUUAUGUUCCUGCUGGCUGAGUUGAAUACGUUCUAUUUGAAGUUUGUGUUAUGGAUGCCCCCGGAGCAUUACCUGGUGCUGCUGCGUCUUGUCUUCUUUGUGAACGUGGGUGGAGUGGGCAUGAGGGAAAUCUACGACUUCAUGGACGACCCGAAGUUCCAUAAAAAGUUGGGUCAGCAGGCGUGGCUGGCCUCGGCCAUCACAGUGACGGAGUUCCUAAUCGUGGUGAAGUACGAUCCCAAAACCAUCAUGCUGCCCAUCCCCUUCUUCAUCACUCAGUGUUGGAUCCUUGGCCUCGUCCUCAUCCUCACCUGGACGCUGUGGCGUUUCUUUAUCCGAGACAUUACACUCCGUUACAAAGAGACGCGGAGGCGCAAACAGGAGAGCUCAGCCGAGCGGGAGAUGUCGCCCAGCAGCAACGCUAACAACCCCAUCACGGCCUCUGGCCGCAGCAAACUCAACGGCAGUACGGACCCCAUUCGACAGCGGAAGGCUUGAAGGAAAAGGAAGCAUAACACUCGCUGCACAGCGGUGACACACUCAUAGUCCACACACUGCAAUUUGUAAGUGGGGGUGGUUUUGUGUGUCUGCGCCAGUGCGUGUGUAUGUCUGCCUGCCUUCCUGUGACUGGACAAACCAUUCCAAUGCAGACUCACUGUUACAUACACUGGUGGUGAUGGGUGCCAAUCAUUUAUACUACAUAGCUGGAAGGCUUCCUUCAUUAUCUAUCAGAAAAUAAUUGUGCUUAAUAUUGUUACACUGAUAGUUUUUGCUUGAUUAUUGUUUAGAGCUGUCAAAUGCUGUAACCUGCUCUAGAGGACCGAGCAUGACAACUCUGAAAGAGGUGUGGGGGCUGGGGCUGGGGGUGGAGUGGUGUGGAGAAAGUAUUGUUGUUGCUCUGUUUUUUCUGGUUGCCUUACAGUCCAUUUUGACUGGACCAUUCACACUCUUAAAUGCGACUCUGCUUCCAGAGACCAUAGGGAGUUUCUUUUGAGAGGUGUUUUUUUUUUUUUUUUUUUUUAAUCUUUUUG